UAGUACAGAUAAUCGACGACUAUCGGUUUAAGUUUGUAAAAAAAAACAAGUAGCGUGGAGGCAUUGUUCCAUGUGAUUUUGAUGUGUGUAUUUCGGAUUCAGUUUCGUGUAUUUUUCAUGUGAUUGAUCAUGUUAGAAGAGGUUGAAAGCUCCAGAGGGAGCACGACGAAUGCUGAUGGAAAUGUAGUAGCUACGAUAUUGAAAACAUUGGAUGCCAACAAAUAUGCAACAAAGAAAACGAUUGCGCAGGGUCUGCUGGACGUGGCCCUGCUCACUGCUAAUGCAUCCCAAUUGAAGUACAUCCUGCAAGUCGGAGAGAAACACGAGUUUUACACGCUGAUGCUAACGCUGAUCAUAAUCUCAAUUGUCCUUCAGGUGGCAGUUGGUGUUUUAUGUUUAACGCUAAAUUUAUUACGCGACUGUCGCUUGCACAUUGAAGACUACCACUCUUCUGCCCAAUGGCUCAAUUACUUUACCACGACCUGCGCCUUCUUUAUAACCGUCCUCAACCUUUUAAUAUCAUGCUUCGAUCCUACCAUCGCCAAAUACGCGAUUUUCGAGGCGCCCAGCGUCGACGGCUCUUUGUAAUAAUGCAAAACUGUAGAACUUGAUGCAGAAGAAGUGUUGCCUUUCAAAUUGUAUCCAACUAUUAAUUGCAUCCACGUCCACUAAAUUCAUACGUUUUUUGUUUGUUUUUUAGCUUGUGGUGGCGAUUUUGUUCGUGAUUAUCGGCGGGCUUAACAUUAACAAACAAUCGGAUCAUACCGUUGCUAUCAUCCUGAACGACGUCAUUCUGAUUUUCGUUUUUAUCAUCUCCUUAGUUAACAUCAUCAUCUCUGGUUUUGGGAUCGAAUACUCCAAUCAACCAUUGAAACUGAUCAACCAAACACCCAUGAAUUAGAUCUCUACUUCUUGUAAUUGUUCUGUGUUUUGUUGUACACAGGUCACGGCCGCUUUGAUCUCAGUCAUCUCGGCAAUACUCAUGGUUAAC